CGCAUACAAACUGGUAUCUUAAAAGCAUUUAAUAAUCCAACUACUAAGACAGCAGAUGAAGAAACUAGAAGAAAAGUCAAAGCAUAUGGAAGAGAGGGUGUGAAGAUGAACUUCAUAGAUAGGAUCUUUGUUGGUGAAUUGACUAGCACUGUCAUGUGUGAGGAAUGUGAAAAUAUUUCAACAGUAAAAGAACCUUUCAUUGAUCUUUCACUUCCUAUAAUAGAGGAGAGGGUUGCAAAACCUGUGCCUUUGGGAAGAACAGGUAAAGGUAAAAGUGUACAAGAGGCAGAUCUUGGCCAGUAUAACUGUUCUUCUAUCACUACACUGAAUAAUCAACCCAAAAUUUUCAAGAAACAUGCUUUAACAAAAGAUAAGAAUCAAUUGAACCAGGAGAGACGGCUUGCCAGAAAAGCUUCCUCGAAUGAAGAAGAAAGAAGUCCUGUUAUCAUGCAGGAAAAAACCAAAAAGCUUGAGCUGGAAGGUAGCUCUGGCGUCCCAUACUCCAAAGACACGACUGCUGACUCCACUGUAAAUGGAAGUCAGACGGACGGCAGUGAGAAGGAAGCCAGCCGCUCUGAAAGCAGCUUUGAUGCAGACAGUGAAGCCUCAGAAAGUGAAAGUGCUUCUAAGCAAUCAGCUUUCAGCCCAUCCGGCAACACGCCUGGUUUGCACGUCAACCACAUAAAUGUUAAAAUGCCACACACCAAACCAAGUGACAGUAAUGAUGAGAUGAUUUCCAGUGCCAUAUCCAAACUCAGCUUCUGUGAUACUAUAAAUGAAGAUAAAAAGUCAAGCCGUGGGGAUCCAGCCUUAGGUUUAUCGAAUAAUUCCAUGUUCUCAGUAGACAAAUCCCCACUAUCCCAAAACCCUCAAAAUGCUUUUCAGACACUUUCCCAAAGCUACAUAACUAGCUCAAAGGAAUGUUCUGUUCAGUCCUGCCUUUACCAAUUCACCUCUGUAGAGCUCCUGAUGGGGAACAACAAGCUUUUAUGUGAGAGCUGCACAGAAAGGAAGCAGAAGUAUCAGAAGAAAACCAACUCCACAGAAAAGAAAAUGGAAGGCGUCUACACAAAUGCUCGGAAACAGCUGCUGAUUUCUUCAGUUCCUGCUGUUCUUAUUCUCCAUCUGAAAAGAUUCCACCAGGCUGGCUUGAGUCUACGGAAAGUAAAUAGGCAUGUGGAUUUCCCACUGAUUUUAGACUUGGCACCAUUUUGUUCUGCAUCUUGCAAGAAUGUUACAGAUGGUGCAAGAGUGCUAUACAGCCUUUACGGAAUAGUGGAGCACAGUGGGUCAAUGAGAGGUGGUCAUUAUGCAGCGUAUGUGAAAGUCAGGACACCCUCCAAGAAAUUACUAGACCAUAUUUCUACCACCAAAAAUGUUCUGGGUAUAAAAGAAGCCAUGGGAGCAUCAGGAGGACAGUGGGUGUAUGUUAGUGAUGCCCAUGUUCAGAUGGUUCCAGAAUCAAGAGUACUAAACGCACAAGCAUAUCUACUUUUUUAUGAAAGAUUAUUACUAUAAUUUUCAACAGUUUAAUUUAAAAGAUGGUAGCAGUUAUUUAGUUUAUCUUAUUUAAAGCUGCAGUGGUAAGAGUACCUGUAAAUAUUGUGCCUUUAUCUUGUAGAGAAUUUAUCAUACGUUGACUCUGAAGUUCAGUCACGCUAUUAUAAAUAUCUGAAUGGUAUCUGAAAGUACGCACUUUGCCAAACAUGUAAAAUUCUGGAUUCAUUAAAAUACACUACCGUUAGAAUGUAAGAUGCUCUCCUAUCCUACUGAUGUCUAUGGAAAGUUUGUUCUUGAUUUCAAUAAAGAUAAGUUUCAUCCAUAGUUCUAGAACAGUUGAGAAUAAAAAUCCUGAUAGCGUUAAGUGCCUGGAUUUGCUGGUGUACAGUAACAAUAUAAAAUACUUCAACUUUUUGUGAUCUAGUCCCGAUCCUUCCUGUCACUGGGUUGGAUGCCAGCUGUUAAGAUUUCUGCCAACAAGAACCUGUCAAAUUGUGUUGCUUCCACGUGUAAUAAUUGGAAAGCACAGUGCUUCCAGAAUGGAGUAACAGCUGUCUCAGGGUAGUGCUCCAGUGCACUGUCCUCGUAGAGGUGGGAAUAGAUGGGGAAAGCACGGCUUCUACAAAGUGACAGUGAACCCUCCUCAGAUACCCAGGACCCUUUCAGCAG